AUGGCGGCGAUUCAAGUCUUUGUUAUGUCGCGCUCAGGGGGUAAUGUAUCUCUAACUGUUCUCUGGAUGACUGUUACUGCCGAAAGCAGCAAAGUGAAUCUGUCGGUUAUCUCUUGCCUACUCUUCCCUGGCGAUUUUCAAAGGCUUCUUUGUUUGAUUCCUACAGAACCGUACAUAAUCAUCCUUUCCAUCCGGUUCCCUUCUGGUUGUCUCCGUUGUUCUAUCUCUUCAACGACUCAAAAAUGCUGGAAAAAACCAACAGAAACACCUCAUUCAAAAGCAUGUUUCUUACAAAGAACUGAUUUUGUUCGUCAGAAACAAGACAUCUCGACUGGUUUCUUUUCCAGCAAACAUAAAAAACCGAUGGGACAACUAGAAAAUAGCAGAGCUGCUGCACAUCAACACUAUCUUAAAAAUCUUUUUGCUAUUGGGAAUCAAAAUCUUGCACUGAUCAUACUCUUGAGCAUGAAUGGUGGCAUGCUUGUUUAUGUGUUCUAUUCUUUUGGCCAUGUUCCUCUUCAGCUUGAGAUCUAG